UUUUCUAUAUAUAUAUACACACCGAUGAGGAGGUUGUGCACUUGUGCUGUUUCUGUAUAAGGCACAAUAUUAGGUUCACAACAUAACAUAUAUAUUCGUUUUGAACCUAUAUAUACACACGAUCAUACGUAUUUAAAGCAUACACCAUAAGCUAUAUACAUGUCUGCUUGGGUUAUAGCCUUUGCUACUGUUGUAGCAGCGACCCUUAUUUACAGGCUUUUCAAGCUCAUAACUGUGCCUUCAUUACCACUGCCGCCAGGUCCUAGGCCAUGGCCCAUCGUGGGAAACUUGCCCCACAUGGGCCCUGCGCCACACCAGGGUCUGGCAGCCUUGGCUCAGACUCAUGGGCCGCUCAUGCACCUCCGGUUGGGCUUCGUGGACGUGGUGGUCGCGUCUUCAGCCUCCGUUGCGGAGCAGUUCUUGAAGAUCCACGACGCCAAUUUCUGCAGCCGGCCAUGUAACUCCAGAACCACAUACUUGACCUAUAACCAACAAGACCUCGUUUUUGCUCCCUAUGGCCCACGGUGGCGGUUCCUUCGGAAACUAAGUACCGUUCACAUGUUCUCUGCCAAGGCCAUGGAUGAUUUUAGAGAACUGCGACAGGAAGAGGUAGAAAGAUUGACAUGCAAUUUAGCAAGAUCGAGUUCUAAAGUGGUGAAUUUAAGACAAUUAUUGAACGUAUGUACCACUAAUAUAUUGGCGAGGAUAAUGAUAGGACGGCGGAUUUUCAGCGACAAUAGUAGUAAUUGUGAUCCUAGGGCAGAUGAGUUUAAAUCUAUGGUGGUGGACCUUAUGGUAUUGGCUGGAGUUUUCAAUAUCGGUGACUUCAUUCCUUGCUUAGACUGGCUAGACCUUCAAGGAGUGAAACCUAAGACGAAGAAAUUGUAUGAGAGGUUUGAUAAAUUUUUAACCUCCAUUCUUGAAGAACACAAGAUUUCUAAGAAUGAAAAACAUCAAGACUUGUUAAGUGUAUUUUUGUCACUUAAAGAGACUCCUCAAGGAGAACAUCAACUUAUUGAAUCGGAGAUCAAAGCAGUACUUGGGGAUAUGUUUACAGCUGGGACAGAUACAUCAUCAAGCACAGUAGAGUGGGCAAUUACAGAACUUAUAAAGAACCCAAGAAUUAUGAUCCAAGUCCAACAAGAAUUGAAUGUUGUUGUGGGUCAGGAUAGGCUUGUGACUGAACUAGAUUUACCCCACCUCCCUUACUUGCAAGCUGUGGUGAAGGAAACUUUACGUCUCCACCCACCAACCCCUCUUUCCCUCCCACGAUUUGCUGAAAAUAGUUGUGAGAUAUUCAAUUAUCACAUCCCUAAAGGUGCAACUCUCUUGGUUAAUGUUUGGGCCAUAGGACGUGAUCCUAAGGAAUGGAUUGACCCAUUGGAAUUCAAGCCUGAAAGGUUCUUUCCCGGUGGUGAGAAGGAUGAUGUUGAUGUCAAAGGCAAUAACUUCGAGCUUAUACCUUUUGGUGCUGGACGUAGAAUAUGUGUUGGUAUGAGCUUAGGCCUAAAGGUUGUUCAACUGCUCAUUGCUACCUUAGCCCACUCAUUUGAUUGGGAAUUGGAGAAUGGGGCUGACCCAAAAAGGCUCAACAUGGAUGAAACAUAUGGGAUUACCCUCCAAAAGGCACUGCCUCUUUUUGUCCACCCUCAUCCUAGGCUUUCACAACAUGUGUAUUCAUCAUCAUCAUCUUUGUGAUUUGGAAUUUAGCUUUUUAUAAUAAUGUGUUUCCAAAUAGGAUCAUCAAUUAAUAAAAAAAUAAAUCCAAUGCUUUAGUUUGCUAAGUUUUGAAAAGAAAGGUUGGGAUAAGUGUAAGGAUCCUACCAAACAGAAGACCCACUAUCAAUGAAAUAUUUUGAAAAAUAGUUCGAUUGU